CCAGCUGACCCCCGACCUCGGCCUCUGUGAUAAAAAUAACUGCCAUACAUCAUGGCAACAUCCCAAUCUCGUCCACACGCGUCUGAGAUCCGCGUUGUGGUGUUGGGAAAGAGCCAGAAUAAAAGGUCUUUGCUAACCACCUUCAUCACCGGGAAGAAAGACUUAUUCCUCAACAAAUUAACCAAACACUCAACGCUUUUUCGAGGGAAGGCUUUGAAGACGGACCUGAUGGUAGUGUACACGUCGGACGUCUUCAGCCUCACUGAGCAGAAGGUGAAGCACGAAAUGAGGAGGUGUGUGGCUCUGUGCCCCCCCGGGCCCGACGUCCUGCUGCUCCUGGUCAGGCCUUCGGACUUCAGCGAACAGGACCGGCUAAGGCUGAAGUUCAUCCUCAGCUUUUUCGGCGCGGACGCCUUCAAACACGCCAUCGUCAUCCUGACCAACACGGAGGAGCCAAACUCCUCGGCCGUGGAGAAACUGGUCCAGGACUGCGGCCGGAGGCAGCAGAAGCUCAACUUCGACAAGCUGGCGGAUCAGGAUCUCCGGCAGCUUCUGGACAGGAUGCAGAGCCUGAUGAACGACAACCGGAGGGGCCACCUGAACUUCUCCCAGGGGGUCACCCCCAUGGCGGCCUGCGGGACCUUCAAGCCUCCCCUCAACCUGCUUCUGUGGGGCCGGCACAGACUCUGGAAGGCCUCGGUGGCCAACGCAAUCCUGGGGAGCCAGAAGGAGGGCCGGGAGAAUGUCAAAAGCGAGGCGGUGGUGAACGGGCAGCUGGUGUCCCUCAUCCAGAUGCCCGGCCUCCAGGGGAAGCCUCCGGAGACAGUGCAGAAGGACACGCAAAGCUGCAUGUCGCUCUGGAACCCGGAGGGCGUCCACGCCUUCGUCCUGGUGCUGCCGGUGGGCCACUUCAGUGAGAAGGAGAAGAGGGAGCUGGAGCUCCUCCAGAGCACCUUCGGGCCCAGAGUGGUGGACUUCACUAUGGUGCUGUUCGCCACCGAGGGGGAUCCCAACGACCCAGAAGUGGCGGGCUUUGUGGCCCAGAACGAGGGCGUCCGGGAGCUCUGCGGCAGCUGCGGCGGGCGGUACGCCGUCUUCCAGGUCGGGGACAAGCGCCACGUCUCGGAGCUGCUGCACGCCGUGGAGCAGAUGACCGACAAGGGCUCCCAGUGCUUCACCAAAGUCAUGACCAUAAAGCCCAAGAGCAAGAAGCUCCCAAAGCAGGAGAGCCAGGCCAAACCGGCUGUGAGGACGCUGAUCCGGCAGCCGGUGAGGAUGGUGAUGAUCGGGAAGACAGGCUGUGGGAAGAGCGCCACCGGAAACACCAUCCUGGGGGAGAGACGCUUCCACUCCAAAGCCUGCAUGAGGUCGGUGACGGCCGUGUGCCAGAAGGAGACGGGGCUGACGGAGGGGCGGCUGGUGGCCGUGGUGGACACGCCUGGCCUGUACGACACUAAGCUGUCCAACGAGCAGGUCAAGCAGGAGCUGGUCAAGUGCAUCAGCCUGCUGGCUCCCGGGCCCCACGUCUUCCUGCUGGUGGUCCAGAUCGGCCGCUUCACGCAGGAGGAGAAACAAACCAUCCGGCUCAUCCAGGACUUCUUUGGGGACAAGUCCAGGGAUUUCGUCAUCCUUCUCUUCACCAGAGGGGACGAGCUCCAGGAUGAGACCAUGGAGAGUUACAUGGAGGAAGCCGGCGACGACUUCCUCCAAAAGCUGAUCGAGGACUGCGGAGGGAGAUACCACGUCUUCAACAACAAGGACCAAAAGAACCGGGCACAAGUUAAAGAGCUUCUGGCCAAGGUCGACGCCAUAGUGAAGAAAAACGGGGGGAACUGCUACACCACCAAAAUGUUCCAAGAAGCCGAGGAAGCCAUCGAAAAGGAGGUGCAGAGAAUCUUGAAAGAAAAGGAAGACGAGAUGGAAAAGGAGAAGGAGGAACUGCUGAGACAGCUUGACGAAGAGAUCCAAGAAAUGAAGAUGAAAACUGAGCGAGAACAAGUGGAGAGAGACAAAGCGCUCAAGGAGAAGGAGGAGCUGAUCAACCACGAGGAGGAGAAGAGAAAGAAAGAGGAAGAAAAGAGAGAAAAAGAGGACGAGGAUCGGAAAAACUAUGAGGACAACCUGCGCCGGCAGUGGGAGCAAAAGCUGAAGGACCUGGAGAAGAAAAUCCAAGCUGAGAGUGAGAAGAACGCAGCUGCUGACAGAAACCUGACAGAGCACCGGGAGGAGAUCCAGAAGGAGCGAGAGGCUUGGGAGAAAGAAAGGCAGGAAUGGUGGGAUAAAAGACACCAAGAAGAGCAACAGAGAAAGGAGGAGGAGCAGGCCCAGCUCAAAAAGCUCAGGGAGGAAUACGAGAAGGAGAGGAGUGAAUAUGAGAGCAAACGCAAAGAGGAGGAGCUGACCAAGAAGGCCCAAGAGGAGGAACAACUGCUAGACGCCCAGAAAAACUACGAGAAAAAAGUGGAGGAGGUUAGGAAGAAAACCGAGGCGGCGGCCAGGAGGCAGGCGGAGGAAUUCAACGACUUCCGGCAGAAAUACACCUCGGACUUCGCGGCCCUGACGGCGAAGCACGAGCGGGAGCUGCAGGGCCUGAGGCAGCAGCAGCAGGAGAAGACCCACCUCCUGCUCCAGAACCUGCUGCUCAACAAGAGCUACCGGAGGGACUUCGAGCGGCUGCAGGCCGUCCACAGGGAGGAGCUGGACCGGCUGGAGGGGGAGGGCCGCGAGGCCCCCGACUGGCCGGCCAGAAGGCAGCGGCUGCAGGUCAAACACGAUCAGGAAAUCAGCGAGUGGACGGAACAGUACGCAAAGAGAGCCGUGGAGGAAAAGUCCUGCAGCCUGCUGUGAGCUCACGGCCUCCCAGUCCCAACAGAAACCCCAUUCAUGGGAUUAUAGUAACGCUUUUUACAGCUCUCCGAGUACCAGAUUCCAUAUGUCAGGUAGGGCUGGGCGAUAUGAGAAAAAGUUAUAUUUCGAUUAUUUUCCCCAAAGAAAUUUCAAUUUCGAUUAAAAAAAAACUAAAAAAAAAAAAUUCUUGUAUAUUUCUAUAUUUUUUCUGGAAUAUUACAAAUGUAAUCAACAAAAA